AAACAGCCUUUGGUGGUGGUUGCUGAUAGGGAUUGUCAGUACUCAGCUGUUGUUGGUCGUGAAUGGUCUUCCCAAAUAAGUCCGGUUAUACAAAUAUUACGUUGAAGACUUUGUAUGUCACCUUCUGAAAACCAACGUGCGUGACUUUUUUCUCGACCCAAAGGUAUCCGACAUAAGAACAAAGAACAAAAGGACGAGCUGAGAAGCGAAAAGUGGAGGGAAAGUGAGGAACAUUGUGAAAUUAUUUGAGCCUCGUCUCGAGUGGGAGAGAAAGCGAAAGCAAAUCGGAGGCUGAGACCGGGAAAGGUUGGACUCGUCUUUUUUGCGACCAAUACGCCGGAAAUUAGAGUUUUCUGGUGAAAGCAAAAAUAAAACUAUUCAACAAAAGUUUUCUGUUGCUUAAGACAAUUGAGAAAUAAUACUUUCUCCUAGCAGGUUACUAGUUGUUUCGAUUUGAACAAAGAAAAUAUACAAAUUAUCUCCAUAAUAUCCUCCUCCUGUUAUAAUCUAAUUUUUUCCGGUGAUUGAAUAAUAAUGCAACACGCAAGACAACAUCAGUUACUAAUUACAACGUCAAUAGUAAACUUGUGUCAAUCAAAGGAUAAAUAAUUAGUGGAUUAGUAAAUACUAUUGCCACAUGUCUAGCUAAAAUUCGCACAUUGGAUGAAAUUUGUUAUUUUUGGACAUAAAAUUGUUUUUGGGAUUCUGCGUACGUAGUUUUAAUAUAUUUUGAGACCUUGUGGGUGUUUCGCCACACCUCCCGGUCAGCUCAAAACUGGAAUUGGUUGGAGUCAUGCAGAACCAUUUGGACUCCCAACGCUCAUUCUCAGCAAUGUUGGGCGCAGAUCCCAUGUCGUUUGGACCUCCGGGUCACGAAUUUACCACCCUGACUAGCAGCCAUAAUAAUCAUCAUUCUCCGGAAUUUGGUCACCUUCUUAAUGCAAAUGGCGGAAAUCCUCCCCUGGUGAACAAUAAUCACAACCAACAACACAACAAUAACAACAAUAAUAGCAAUACUCCCAACCACAACAAUAAUAAUGCAGACGUUAAGCCUAAAAAGGCUCCACCACCCAAUGGAAAAAAGACUAAAGGCAGGGUCAAAAUCAAGAUGGAGUUUAUCGACAAUAAACUCAGACGUUACACAACUUUCUCCAAAAGGAAGACUGGAAUUAUGAAAAAGGCAUAUGAACUCUCAACUUUGACCGGUACGCAGGUGAUGCUCCUCGUAGCGUCAGAGACUGGCCACGUAUACACUUUUGCAACCAGAAAGCUGCAACCCAUGAUUACUUCCGAAGCUGGGAAAGCAUUAAUACAAACCUGCCUAAACAGUCCCGACCCUCCUGGAGCUGGAACUGAUCCUCAACGAAUGUCCGCAACAGGAUACGAAGAAACCGAGCUGACUUAUGCAGCAGAUCCGAACGCGUCGGACCACGGUGACACAAAAGAUGGUGAAAGUGAGAGCGGAAGUUCGGACGCUGAGGACCCAAUGAAAGAGGUUCCACCUCCACUGAUACCAUUAACAAAUGGACUAAUACCUGCAAACUUUGCGGCCUUAUUUGCCUCAGCCACUGCUGGACUGAAACAGUCAUUCCCUUUGGAUUUGGCUAGUCAGAUCUCAUCUUCUCAUUUAAUCUCUUCUCAGCAAUCCCCUUCGUCAUCAUCGUCAUCUUCGUCACAAAGUCGCUUGUCGCAACAGGAAUUAUUGCAAAAAACUUUGCUUCAACAACAACAGCAUUUACAUCAACAAAUUCAGCUCGAACUACUUAACGAACAGCAGAAACUGUUACAACACAACAAUACGAGUAGUUCAAAUGCCACCACGUCUUCCACUAGUAGUUUCUCUAUUAAUAACAACAAAGUUAAAGUAAAGCGUGAGGUUCAAAAGUAGCCCAAAAUAAACAAGGUAUUAAUUAUUUUGCAGUUUAGCUGCUCGUAACAUGUCAUUCAAAUUAAUUUAUUAAGGCUGUACUUGAAUGUAUUUAUUGUCAGCCCCGAAUUGCUUAGGAUUAGUGGUUGGAAGGCAUACAUAGGGGUUUGUAUCAAGAACUAAAAAAUAUCGACCUUAUUCUUACGAUUAGUCGAUAUAUGUAAUGCACAAGUCAAUAUUAUAUUUGGUAUGAUUAUGCACCGUAUCACCACAGUACUUUUUCAUUCUAAUCAUUUAUUACCCUUACUUAUUCUUAGGUGAUUGUGAAAUUGCAUGCCGGUUUGAAGUAUUAAAUAAAAUGUUGUCUUUUCGUUGCUGAAUUAAAUCAUUCUAAUAAAUACAUGGAUUUUAAUUAACAAAAUCA